AUGGGCGCUCUAUCGGAAAAGCCCACGGCUGUCCAACAGCCUCGAAACGAUACGGAAUCAGAUGUCGAAAAGGAUCAACAGAAUCUUGGUGAAGGAGGUUACUUUAGAAUCUUUCGAUAUGGAUCCCGAAAAGAGCACAUGAUGCAGGCAGCCGGCGUGGCCUUCGCCAUGGCCUCGGGUGUCGGCGUGGCCAUGGUAAACUUGAUCUUUGGCCAGUUUAUCACCGUUGUGACGGGCUACACUACGGGCGCGUCUUCACCGGAUGAGCUUCGCAAAGAAUCAAGCCGCCUUGCACUGUACUUCUUCCUCCUCGGCCUGGGACGAUUCUUCGUCACAUACUUAUACAGCUCGCUCUUCACACUCGCCGCUUACAGAAUCACACGCAACAUCCGCCAUGAAUACCUAAAAUCGGGACUGAGGCAGGAGAUUGGAUAUUUCGACUCUGGGGUUGGAGGCUCCAUCUCGAUGCAGGCUGCCGCGAAUGGCAAGUUGGUCCAGGGCGGGAUAUCAGAGAAGCUUGGGUUGCUGGUUCAGGGCUUGUCGGCGUUCAUCUCUGCCUUUGCCCUGGCCUUUGCCACCCAGUGGAAGCUGACUCUCAUUACGAGCUGCAUCACCCCUGCUAUUCUUAUCAUCACGGGCACUGCCUCCGCCAGGAACGCGUCCAUCGACACUAAGGUGCUCGCUGUCAAUGCUCGGGCUGCAUCACUGGCGGAGAGUAUCCUAUCCAGCGCACGCACUAUACAUGCCUUUGGGCUGCGGAAACGAUUGGUCGGGACUCUGAAUAAGCAUCUUUCGGAGUCAGCCAGGUUGGGGCACAAGAAGAAUCCCAUCAUUGGCACUUUCUUCUCUGCAGAGUACUUUGUCAUCUAUGCAGGGAUGGGUUUGUGUUUCUGGCAAGCUAUCCGUAUGAUUGCACGAGGAGAAGUCCAGAAUCCUGGUGAUGUGUUCACUGUCCUGAUGUCCGUCAUCACCGCCUCGUCGAGUUUGACCUCAAUAGCACCAUACAUGGUUGACUUCACAAAGGCCACAGUGGCCGCCACGGAGCUAUUCCGGCUCAUGGACCGAACUUCGUCCAUCGACCCUUUUGACGAGACGGGCGAGAAGCCGCAGGAAGUGCCAGGGCAUGUCGAGAUCGAGAAUGUCACCUUCAGCUACCCCAUGCGCCCGACCAUCCCAGUCCUUGAGGACUUCUCGCUCAACAUUCCGGCAGGGAAAGUGACGGCUCUGGUGGGUGCCAGCGGUUCCGGAAAAAGCACUAUUGUUGGUCUCUUGGAGAGGUGGUACAGCCCCAGCGCGGGCACCAUUAAGCUCGACGGUAAGCCCAUUGACAAGCUCAACCUCCGAUGGCUCAGGCAGCACGUCCGAUUAGUCCAGCAGGAGCCAGUCCUGUUCUCCGGGUCGGUAUAUGACAAUAUCGUAAACGGGCUGGUUGGCACUCCCUGGGAGACAGACUCUCGCGAGGAGAAGAUGGCCCGAGUGCAGGACGCAGCCAAGGUUGCCUUUGCUCAUGACUUCAUCAGUGCACUUCCUGAUAGUUACGACACUGUCAUUGGCGAAAGGGGUGGUCUGCUAUCUGGCGGCCAGAAGCAGCGGGUGGCUAUUGCGAGGAGCAUUAUCUCCGAGCCUCGCAUUCUUCUGCUCGACGAGGCAACGAGUGCGCUAGAUCCCCAUGCUGAAGAGAUUGUUCAGAAGGCCCUUUCGAACGUGUCCCAAGGCCGCACGACCAUCACCAUCGCACAUAAGCUGGCAACUAUCCGGGCGGCGGACAACAUCGUCGUCAUGCGGCAGGGAAAGGUGAUUGAACAGGGCACGCAUGAAACACUGAUGAGCCAAGACGGCGCCUAUGCCCGCCUGGUCCAGGCGCAGGACUUGUCAGUGACGUCUAAUGCCGAGCCCGAUGAGACCAGCUCUUCCGAAUCAGCAGAUGACACUGAUGGCGAGCCUGGUGACAAGAAUGUUUUGCACCACUCACUGACAGGAUACUCGACAACGACGAGGAAGCAGAUGGAUGCGCGCUUGGUCAACGAAGACUUCGAGAAAUGGAAGAGGGUAGGGUUUUUUGCUACCCUCCAGCGUUUGAUCUCUAUGACACCGGAGAUGAAAUGGCGCUACCUCAGGCUACUCCUCGCCAUCGUUGUGGCUGCUGGUACGUUCCCUGGUCAAGCUAUGCUGAUGUCGCGGCUUGUCAAUGUCUUCCAGUAUACGGGGUCCGAGAUGGAGGAAAAAGGAAACUUCUUCGCCCUCAUGAAUCUCGUCAUCGCUAUUGGUUGCUUGGUUGUAUACUUCAUCAUUGGCUAUACUGCCAAUUCGAUUAGCACGACAUUCGGCAGCAAGUGCGGUAAACACAUGGUCGAUGAUAUCAUCCGCCAAGAUUUGCAGUUUUUUGAUCGCCCGGAGAACACCACUGGUGCUCUUGCUGAGCGGGUGACCUCUUACCCCUACUCCAUCUUUGAGCUCAUGGGGUUCAACAUUGCCCUCAUCUCCAUCUCUGCCCUUGGCGUCGUGGCCUGCUCUAUUUUCGCUCUGGUUCAAGGCUGGAAACUCGGCGUCGUCAUCGUCUUUGCCGGCCUUCCGCCCAUGAUCUUGGCUGGCCACCUCCGCAUGAAGCUCGAGUCUGCAAUGGAUGUCAAGAUCUCUCAUCGAUUCUCUACCAGUGCUUCCAUUGCGUCCGAGGCCAUUGGUGCCAUCCGAACUGUAUCCUCCUUGUCUCUUGAGCCAACUGUGUUGGACAGAUAUACGGCUGAAUUGGAUGCUGGUAAUGGAUAUGCCACCAAACCCGUACUAUUGACUAUGAUUCCAUUUGCUUUUACUCAGAGUGUGGAGUAUUCUUUCAUGGCUUUGGGAUUCUGGUAUGGAUGCCGGCUUGUGUCUUUUGGCGAGAUGGAUAUCGUCAGCUUCUUUUCAGCGUAUCUCGGAGUCUUCUUCGCGGGACAGCAAGCCUCGGUCAUGUAUGGGUUUGCAAGCAGCAUAACCAAGGCCGUCAAUGCCGCCAACUACAUGUUCUGGCUCUCUGAGCUCCAGCCAUCGAUCCGGGAGACGGAGGACAACCGAGCUGUUGGCCCCAAGGAGUGCUCUCCGCUCGAGCUCAAGGAUGUUCACUUUUCCUAUCCACUCCGCCCCGAGGCACGCGUACUACGCGGUAUCAACCUCGAUAUCCAAAAAGGCCAGUUUGUCGCCUUCGUUGGUGCCUCUGGUUGUGGUAAGAGCACGAUGAUCUCGAUGCUAGAGCGCUUCUACGAUCCAGUCAAGGGUCACAUCAGGAUUGAUGACAGAAACAUCGAUGAGAUGAACCCCUGGCUCUACCGCAACGAAGUCGCCCUGGUACAACAAGAGCCGAUUCUUUACCCGGACACGAUCCGAAGGAACAUUGCCAUGGGUCUGCCUUCCGACGACGACGACUCCCCUGUGUCGGACGAGCAGAUCAUCGAGGCUUGCCGAGCCGCCAACGCCUGGGAUUUCAUCUGCUCGCUGCCCGACGGUCUCGAGACCCCGUGCGGCUCCAAUGGCCUGCAGCUUUCGGGCGGCCAGCGCCAGCGUAUCGCAAUUGCGCGGGCACUUAUCCGCAAGCCACGCGUGCUGCUGCUUGAUGAGGCCACGAGCGCGCUGGACACACAGUCGGAGCGUGUUGUGCAAGAUGCAAUCAACGAGGCGGCGGCAUCGGGCGAUCGCAUCACUGUGGCCGUUGCGCACCGUCUGUCGACCAUCAGGCAUGCGGAUGUGAUCUGCGUCUUCCAGGAUGGUCGGAUCGUAGAGAGGGGGACGCACGAGCAGCUCAUUGCUCUGGGGGGCAUCUAUCGGGGACUUUGCGAGUCGCAGAAUCUGGGCGCUUAA